AUGGAAAAGAAAAAAUUGGGGAAAACGUUUCCUCCAUGGAGAACGUUCCUUUUGCUAUGGCUGAGCGUUGCAGUGCUGGCGGAGGACUCACCGCCCGGGCUGGUCUCCAAGGACAGUGAGCAGGACCUGGUCGCUGAAGCUUCACAGUCAGGUGCGCAGGCGCAGAAACGCGACGCUGGCUUAUCCAAUUCUUACGGGGAGCCGCUUCCAACAGACGUGUACGGACUUCCGCUGGACUUACCUAACGUUGUUCCAGAUCUCCAGCUGCCAGCGCCCAUUUAUGGGGUACCAGAGGUGAAAAACAAUCUAUUCUCGGAUACACCUCCAGGAGCAUACGGUCCGCCAUCGCCAGUGGUGUUCCCGAAUCAGAACUACGAAGGCCCUCCGCCUCCAAUUUCGAAGCCCAAGCCUAUUUACGGCCCGCCUAAACAUGUAUAUGGACCGCCAAAACCCGUAUAUGGACCACCGAAACCGGUAUACGGACCGCCAAAACCGGUUUACGGGCCACCUAAAACGAUCUACGGGCCUCCGAAAAAAACCUAUGGACCUCUAAAGUUUACUCUACCAAAAGUAAAUUACGGUGUACCUUUCAAACCUCCAAAAAUAACAUUCCCGAAACCUGUAUACGGAGUACCGAAACCUGUCUAUGGAGUACCCAAGCCCAUUUAUGGACCACCGAAAGUGACUUAUGGCACGCCAUUAUAUAAUGUACAAAAUCUUCAAUUUUCUGAGCAAUCACACGUGUCUUUACCGCAAGUAUCGUUCCAGCAGAAUGUUGGCAACACAGCCAGUGUUGACUUGGGUUUGAACUUACCUGCUCCAAUAUACGGAACACCCUUGCCUAGUCUGCCUUUAGAUUUGAAACCGAACUUCCCAAUCCCAACCGAUACAUAUGGGCCACCGGGACAUAUUUUGGGACCGAUUGGACCAAAUGAUCAAGUCGUCGUAGACGAUAUUGAUAACGUGGGUCACUAUGGACCACCACAACCAGACCCAAACCCUAAACCGCCGCAUCCAGGAAUCCCGGCGCCUCCCACACCACCCCAUGUAUUGUACGAUGGUUGGAAACCUAUACCUGGAGUAUCGAAACCUUUUAUUGAAGACGGUGAACAACAUAUCCACGACAAUGGCCAUCACGUCCAAGUAAUUGAGGAUCAAUACGGGCCUCCACCACCACCACCUCCAACAGUUCAAGAGGUUCAUAUAAAUCUCGACGGAAACUUACUAUCUAAUGAAGGAGGGCAGGGACACCAAUUUUCUGGCGCUCAAAUCACCACCGGCUAUUCAAACGUACAUCAAGAUGCUUUAGCCAACAUCGACCUUAAUGCUAUCGUCGGUGGCGAUUCGAAUCAUAUCGACCAAUCAAAGACCAUCUUCGAAGCUCAUUACACAGAGAACGAUAACCCUCAUGCAGAUUUGGCUAUAGUCCAAGCAGCUAUACCAUCAGGUCAUGAUAGCUCUAUAGAUUCUUACGGCGCACCACCAAUAGAUUCGCUAUCUAAUGGACCUUAUCCACCAUCGAUAAGACAGCAAGGAGCCAAAGGAUUGACACCUCCAUCAGGCAUUUAUGGUGUGCCACCUGGAAGUCAAUACGGGACACCUUUGAGAACACCACCAGCAAACCUGCCUAUACCAUACGGAACUUUCUCCGGUGGUGGCCAUUCUAUACACACUGGGGGAAACUCACCAAAACACCCAAUAAAAUUUAGGGAAUCGGUACCAGAAGGCUUGAUCCAACAAAUCGGUCACACAGUAUACCACAAGGAUUCUCAUGGCAUUGACCACCUGAAACAAGGCCCGGCGUAUGUGCCCCCUCCAAUCAGAGAAAUCAAAGAUAUAAAUAUACAAACUGGAAACCACGGAUUCAACGGACUAUCUCUAACAAUUGAGCCAUCUAGCCUGUAUAAUCUACCACAUUCGGGUAACCCUAUAAAUUUCCAGAGCCAGCAAAUGCCUAGUAAUUUAUACGGAUCUCCGAUAGAUUCGUAUUCGGUGCCAUUAUUGACUGUCGGAGAUCACACAGCGUCAGGAUCAAGCAAAAAUGCAGUAACAGCAACAAUAGAUGGAACUAUUCUGGCAAAUCUUUCUAACCUAGAAGCUGCCGCUAUUUUAAAACAUUGUCCAUACCAUGAAGCUAUAUUAAAAGCUGCAAAAUCAGGAGAAAAAAUACCGGCAGACUUAGCAACAAAAUAUGUCGCUAGUUUAAGUUCCUUGGGUACCGCAUUUUCGAAAAAUUAUCAAACGUUAAUUUCUCCUCAAAAUAGUUUCAACACGCCAGCACCAGGAAGUGAAUCGGUUUCAUACAGCUCAAAAGACCUUUCUACUGCGUCGCACACCCUUGUACAAACCAUUUUACCAAGUAACACCAUACAAAAUGAGAAAACAGAAAAAACAAGUGCCCAAAAAGGUAAAUCCCUGAAAGACGAUUCCAGAAAGCAUAACUAUAAAGAAGAUAACAACGUAAAUUUCAUUUCAGAACAAAUCUAUCAUACGUCAGAGAACAUUAGGAAUCUAAGCGAGGAGACUAAGCAAUUGCAGCAAAAAAUAGUGGCGAAUGGUCAAAACUUAAAUCAGGUAAAUGAUCAAAUUACUCAAUUCGGAUCGGAAAUUCCUAUAAAAGGUAAUUUUGGAACUUACUCUCUACAAAUACAAUCUGCCGACGAUGUUAAAGGUGAGGCAAGCUCUCCAUCAAUACCUCAUGAACAAUUGCUCUCUGAAGGUCUUUUACAAAGUAUAUUACAAGCUAUAGAAGAACCAACACAACCUCAGAACCAUUUAAAAGGUUCCCAACAAAACUCACAACAGUCCAGCAAUUUAAAUUAUGGAAAUGUAGAUGUUGGUGGACUUGUCCUUCCAGCAGGAUACGAACCCGUAGACCGAAGCAAAGAGAACACGCAAAAUACACAAAGAGAAGUAGACCAAGAAACGCAUGGUACUAAAAAUAUUCAGCACUAUCUUCAAAGAGAAGCAGUUCACAAACAGAAAGACGAUAUUAAACGCAGUGAUUGCGAUUUAAAAGCCGAUAACUCCGUCACUCACACCAUAGUCGUCCCGGCACCGAAUGUCGAGAAUGUGCAACCAAUUCAGGAAGUCGACGACAACGAUGUUGCUAUAUACUUUGGCGAGAGUGCCACCGCUUCUAUCGAAAAAACUUCUGAGCCAGUAACUGAAAUCUCAGUUUCCACUAGCAUCAGCGAAGACGAUGAACAAUACAAGAAUAAGACGCCAGGAUUCGGCGAUAAGGUAGCGAGAAAACGCUCAUAA